UUUGAGAAAAGAGACUAUCCCUUCGAAAAGGUUUUAACGGAAUGGGAAACGCGUCCAGAUGCCACAGUUGCAAAUUUUCUGUCAAUUUUAGAAAAAGCUGAAAGAAAAGAUGUUAUAUCAGAGCUGAAAGAUAUGAUAGGUAGGUUACACACUAUUAAAUACUCCAUUCUUUAUACCGUAGUAUGAAUACUAUUUAUUACACACUCUGGCGGCCAAAAGUUUGGGAUAAUGUACAGAUUUUGCUCAUAUGGGAAGAAAUGUUUACUUCCAUUCACCAAAGUGGCAUUCAACAGAUCACAAUGUAUAGUCAGGACAUUAAUAACGUGAAAAAAUACUAUUUAAACUACUUAAAUUAAACUCCGCAAACAAAGAAACGUCCUCUCACUUUCAACUGCUUUUGUUUUCAGCAAACUUAACGUGUAAAUAUUUGUAUGAACAUAAAAAGAUGUUACCCCACUCUUCCACCAAGGCAUUUGCGAGUUCCAGGACAUUUCUGGGGGUAAUGGCCCUAGCCCUCACCCUCCGAUCCAACAGGUCCCAGACGUGCUCAAUGGGAUUGAGAUCCGGGCUCUUCGCUGGCCAUGGCAGAACACUGACAUUCCUGUCUUGCAGGAAAUCACGCACAGAACGAGCGGUAUGGCUGGUGGCAUUGUCAUGCUGGAGGGUCAUUUCAGGAUGAGCCUGCAGGAAGGGUACCACAUGAGGGAGGAGGAUGUCUUCCCUGUAACGCACAGCAUUGAGAUUGCCUGCAGUGACAACAAGCUCAGUCCGAUGAUGCUGUGACACACUGCCCCAGACCAUGACGGACCCUCCACCUCCAAAUCGAUCCUGCUCCAGAGUACAGGCCUCGGUGUAACGCUCAUUCCUUCAACGAUAAAUGCGAGUCCGACCAUCACCCCUGGUGAGACAAAACCGUGGCUCGUCAGUGAAGAGCACUUUUUGCCAGUUCGUUCUGGUCCAGCGAAGGUGGGUUUGUGCCCAUAGGCGACAUUGUUGCCGGUGAUGUCUGAUGAAGGCUGCAGGAAGUAUUUAGAAAGACAGCCUGUUCAGGUCACAGUGGUGGACAGCUGCAGGCCCCGCACACAGGAGCGAGAAGGCAUCACUCUGUAUGAUGAUCCACUAGGUAUGACGCCGGAGAAAUUUGAUGCUUUCAUCUGCUAUUGCCAGAGAGACUUCCAGUUUGUCCAUGAGAUGAUCAAACAUUUGGAACAGACUGAAUGCAACCUGAAGCUUUGUGUUUUUGACCGGGAUGUCCUCCCUGGCACAUGUGUGUGUACCAUCGCCAGUGAGCUCAUAGAGAAAAGAUGUAAAAGGAUGGUGGUUGUUAUAUCUGAUGACUAUCUGGACAGCGAUGCCUGUGACUUUCAGACUAAGUUUGCACUCAGCCUUUGCCCAGGGGCUCGCUCCAAACGACUCAUCCCUGUUGUCUACAAGGCCAUGAAAAGGCCUUUCCCCAGCAUUCUCCGUUUUCUGACCAUAUGUGAUUACACAAGACCAUGCACACAGGCCUGGUUCUGGACACGGCUGGCCAAGGCGCUCUCACUUCCCUAGCCUUUUGUAUAGACACCAUUUUGCCUUCACUUUGCAUCAUCACUGGGUAAAGCACACUCUUCUCUCUGGAGGAUGAAGGGAAAAUACCUAAUUGUGAAUUUUGCCCAUUGGGAAAGUUUCUCAGACUCAAUAGUGGGUCCAUCUUAUGAACAUUCCAAGAAAGGUACUUUUUACUGUGUUUACGAAAGAUGUGUUUGCUGUAAUCUAAAGGUCGCUUGACUUUCCAAAGCAAAUCCCUUGUGUGGAGAUAUGCUUUCUUACUCAUUUUGUUUUGCUUAAUUUAGUUUGAUCAUGUAGGUAUCUCUAUAUUUUUCAGCUUUAAUAACUGUUGUUUGCAAUGUAUAAAAACGACCCUUUAUUUUAUAUGGAGCAUAUGCAUGGUCAGAUUUUGAGUAUUUUUGCAUGUGAAAACUGAAUGUUCAUAAUCAUCCCCCAAUUUCAUGUUUUUUAAUUAUGAUUAAUUAAUGCUAAAUGUAAAUUAUGCUUCUUAUUGCUCCAUUGGAAUGCACUUUUAAUCUGUAUUUUACACUGGGAAUUUUUGUGCAAUAAAAUGUUGAUGUGAAAUA